AUGGAUGCCAUUGCUUUCUCUGAACUCUUGCGUCUUCCUGCUGGGGACCUGCUGGACUGUAGUGCCUUCCUGGAGACCAGCUGUCCCAGCUCAGACCCUGGUUAUUACAGUGCCUGUAGUAGCCUGUCGCCUGCCUCCUCCAUUGACUCUGGCUGCCUCUCUCCCCCUUGUCUCCAGUGGGGAGCAGGGCUGGAAAAACAAGCUCCCAACCCUUCAGGCAGCAUCAUCCAACCUACCAAAAGACCCAGAACAGAGGAACUCCCAGCCCAAGAGAAGCCUAGACACUCUCGGUCUAAGUUCCCUGGGAAGAAAAGGGAGACUGCCAGCGAGAGGGAGAAGCUGAGGAUGAGAGACCUGACCAAAGCCCUCAAUCACCUCAGGACCUACCUGCCUCCGUCUGUGGCUCCGGCCGGACAGACUCUGACCAAGAUCGAGACUCUGCGCCUCACCAUCGGCUACAUCUCCCAUCUCUCAGCCCAGCUGGGGCUCUGUGGAGAGGAACCAUGCCCGAAAAGAGAACCGGAGACAACACCACAUCAGGACUGCCAGUAUAUGCUCCAGUGCCCUCAGGGAAGCUCCAAGUCUGGACAGUGGUGUCAGGAGAGAUUGCUUGGAAACAUCCAGAGUCACAAUCAACUCAGUUCGCUAGCUGUCACAUGUACCAAGAACAUAGAGCCACAGAUGGAGACAGAUUUCCUGACAUCAGCAGUCUCCUAUCCAGACAUGUCCUUUCAUCAGAUACAGGCUCAGUUGUUCCAGUGA